CUGGCCCCAGAUUUCUAGCAUUAUGUUUUGCUUGUUUGCUUGCUUAAUUUAGGAUUGGAUCAUUCAGCGGAUUUUUUAUUAUUAUGUCGUCGCGACCCGAACUCGAGCCUCUCUCGCCUAAUGACCACGCAGUUGGUCAGUGGCGACCACAGCCAGUCCAAGAUGAUACAGUGCAUGGGGUGGAAACCAAAUCAUCCUGGUAUCCGCGUAUAAGAGAGCUACGGCAACGCAAAGAUGGGCCGAAAAAGGGAUGGAAACCUCUAUCUAUGACAGCCCCGAUUUUGAUACUACUUACGAUUUUAACGCUUCUCCUUGCUGGCGCCAUUGAAGUACUGGCACAACUCAGCCAUGCCCGGGGCGGCCUCGCGUUAUCACGAACCCAAGACGACAUUCCACAAUAUGCUAUGAUAAGCUACCUCUACGUACCCAACAUCAUUGCUGUCUUAUACAGUCUCAUAUGGAGCUGGGUAGACCUUGAUGUCAAGCGGAUGCAGCCAUGGUUCGAAUUAUCCAAGCCCGAAGGAGCGACGGCCGAAAACUCGAUGUUCCUUGACUACCCGUACGACUUUAUCGCUACUGUACCUGUAAAGGCUGCUAGGAGGAGGCACUGGCCAGUCUUUUUCGCGGGAACGGUGACGGUGGUUAUCUUUUGGCUUGUCACUCCCCUCCAAAGUUCUAUCAUGGGAACCGGUUUCGUCAACAAGACAGAGACGGCAGUAAUAGGGACGAGGUCAUCUAUCGUUCCACUGGCCAAUCAAUCACACUUUCUCACCAACCAAAUCCUUAACACGGGAUAUUCCAUCGGAUGGCAUGGCCAAUCUUAUCCAUCAUUCACUACCUCCGACUAUGCGAUUCUUCCGUUUUAUAUCGACAAUGAUCCAGGGGAGUCUCAGCUUCAUACUAAUUGGACCGCUACGACGACAAAAUUAUGGACCGAACUAGACUGCUGGCCGGCCACAUAUCAGCAAGAGCAUCCUUCUAUUACACAGUGGGAUUUCCAGAACGGCCAAGGCUGCAAUACUACGAUUAUCAUUGAUCUCAACGCAAAUCUUACGAUGCUUUACGUCGGAUACCUCUCUAGUCCGUACGCAGAUUAUCAGUUGGCCGAUAUUCACAACUGCCCUAACUCCACACACUCGAAUCAUCAGUUUCUGGCCGUUUGGGCCUCGUCGGACAAUAGCAAAGACAAAUUUCACCCUGAAGUCAACGUCACUGCGCUUUUUUGCCAGCCGGCUUACUAUAAGCAAGAGGUGAUGGUCUCUGUUGCCACCGAUGGCUUCAGACCAUUGAACACGUCGAUCCAACCCAUCUCUCCUCAAGAACCUCUAACAGAAAAGGAGUUCAACUCGACGUCUUUCGAGUUUUUGAUUGGAACUGGAAUGCCCAUGGAACAAUUGUUGAAUAUAGUACGAGAUUUUCCGUUCGAAAAUGUCGUUGAGGCUGAUCCCCAGAUCGACAAGACAAAUCUGUCUAUUCCGACUUCCAAUAUGGUUGGAUAUGCUCUUGCUCCCCAUAAUGUGCCACCAAUCACAUAUGGAGACCCCAACGUUCUGCACCAAGCAUUCAAUCGCGCCCACAAAUACCUGUUUUCUAUCGCAGUCAACCAAAUGCUGGUUAAUGAUUCAACUGUGGCCAACAGCACAGCCAUUUCCGAGUUUCAACAGAGCGGAAUCAUUGUCAGCCGACUGUUUUCUGCCAUUGUCGAGGGACUUUUGCUGCUGGUGGCCAUAUUUACAGUCUUUCUCCUGUGGAGCUGCCAUACGUCAACGAGCUAUCUAACUACCAACCCAUCCUCCAUUUCUAGACUCGCCGCAAUCUUUCGCAAUGGCCCGGAAACGAAUAAGAUGUUCCGUCCUGCCGAUCACGCUGAUGAAAAGUCACUGAAGGAGCUCUUUCAAAAUGACAAAUUCCGACUCACCCGAGAUGAAUAUAGCAACACAGGCAAUGUAUACAUAGAGAAGGUAGCUGGCGUGGAGGUUGACCCGGAUGAGAGGAGAUUCGAUAAACCAAUUGGCUACUACGACCCUAUUAAACCGGCACCUUUAAAAAGAGGAAUCGGACUCCUGUUUGGAUUGGUCCAAAUAGGAGCUCUGGUCGCUAUCGUAUACCUGAAAGUUCAAACCGACAAGAGCAAAGGCCUUAUUCGACCGUCGACCAAGUUUGAAGUGUUACAGAUUCUCGAAAACUACAUCCCCACUGCAUUCGCCACUUUCACUGAACCUUUUUGGGUGUUACUCAACAGAUUUCUAUGUCUCCUACAGCCGUUCAAAGUCUUGUCAAGGGGACGAAGUGAACCCUCCAAAUCGAUUGAUACGACAUAUACGGCACUUCCACCUCAACUUGUCCUCUGGAGAGCGCUUAAGUCGCGACAUCUAAUGUUGGUUAUGCUGUGCCUCAUUGCAUUACUAUCUAACGUCCUCGCUGUUGGACUCGGUGCACUCUUCAACGAAGACCAAACAACAGCCAUUUAUACGGCUACUUUCACUCCGAACGUUGGCGCGCAAUUGGAUAACGAGACUGUUUUCGACUUUGGGAACUACCUCGCGGCAAGAACGAAGACUUCUAGCCUGUAUCAAGAUGAGAUGUACAUCGCCAUGGCAAAUAUUUCGUCUGGAAUGCCACUUCCGCCGUGGACAACGUCUGAAUACUUCUUUCAGCCAUUUACCGUUGACAGCGGAGGUCAAAGUAACAGCAGCAGUACUUAUAAAGUUUCUACUCGCGGUUUCGCCCUCACUGCAAACUGCACCGCCAUACCGCGCUCUAUAGUCGCUCUCUCGUUUCCACCAGAUUUGGGUAAGACUUGUUCGAAUGACAGCUCCUACAUCAUCGAUUUUGCCAAAAUGACAAUGAGAACGAGUGCUACCACAAGGCCUUCUGGACCAUCUUCUAUCGAGUAUAUUGAAUCACUGGGGCCAAGAUCCAAUUUCGAGAGCUGCAGCAGAGCCACGACAUUUGGAUGGGGUCGAACACCUCAAGGAUUGAAUAUGAAUGCUACUGUUGAGGCAAGCUUCGCAUUUUGCCUGCCAUUCUUCCAAACAGCCAUGUUUAACGUGCACCAUGACGCAGAGGGGAAUGUAUUGGCACACGAAAGAAUCAGCGAUGUGUCUAUGCAUCUGGAUGAAGAUGACGACGAUGUACAAACGAACAGGAUGAUUAGCCAGAUGAACAGCCUACUCACACUCACACCAGGCGUCCCCGGGUGGCACAAUGACACUUUGACACGAGACUGGAUUAGCUAUCUCCUGUUUAUAUCUCUCGACUCACGGGAUUUCCUCGAUCCUAGUAAACCGCCACCUGACCCCAAUGACUUGAUACCUACCAUCGAAAAGCUGUAUCGACAGCUAUUUGCGAUUCUUCUCAGCCUGAAUCAACAACUAUUCGUGCCUAGCGGCAAGGAAGCCUCAGUAACAGGUCAGAAGUUAACGGAAGAAACGCGUAUUUUCAUGGACCGAAAUGCUUUUAUAAUAACCGUAACGGUUCUAUCCCUCAACAUCAUUGCAGUCGUCAUUUUCUACUCUCGCGGCAUCAUAUUCAACCUCCCCCGCGUACCAACCACAAUAGGCUCAGUCCUUGCCUUUGUCUCAGCAAGUCACAUCCUAGAAGAUCAAGGACAAUCUUCAAGAGGCCCAGAUGACAAAUCAAAGGAGAAAAAGACGUAUAGUUUUGGCCGAUACAUCGGGGUAGAUCAGAAAGUGCACCUUGGGAUCGACGUGGAUCCUUAUGUAGCUCUGGUUGAUCCCGCAUCGUUGAAAGAGAAGAAAUCUUUGGUGCGGAGGGCGGUGACGGGAGAUUUGAGGAAGAGGACGGGCACGUUUGAGCCGGUGAGAAGUGGCACCUGGUUGUGAGAAAUGUUAGUAACAGGGACGAUGUUUUCUUAUAGCUUGGAUGGAGUGAUACCCUACUUGAUGAUUCAUAGAAAGCUGUAUCUCAAGGACAUAUGUAACUUUUCUUUAUAAGAUCAAACAAUUUUAAGCGAAUAUGGUAUAAAAU